AUGGAGAAACUCAAGUUACAUUCAGAGCACAAUGAGGAAAUAAUUUUCCGUAGUAAAUACCCAGGUGUAGCAGUGCCUGAUAAUUUAACAUUGCCAGAUUUUGUACUCCAAGAUGCAGAACUGUACGCUGACAAGGUGGCAUUCGUGGAGGCCAUGAGUGGGAAGGCAUAUACUUAUGGCGACGUUGUUAGGGACAUAAAAAGGUUUGCAAAGGCAUUGAAAUCUCUUGGAUUGAGAAAGGGAAGAGUGGUGAUUGUAGUGCUACCAAAUGUGGCUGAAUAUGGGAUUGUUGCCCUUGGAAUCAUGUCUGCUGGUGGUGUCUUUUCGGGAGCCAACCCGACUGCUCAUAUUUCAGAACUUGAGAAGCAAGUGGAGGCAGCUGAUGCGAAGUUGAUUGUUACAAACGGCACAGUAUAUGAAAAGGUAAAAGGUCUAGGCCUACCAGUUAUUGUAGUGGAUGAAAAAAGAAUUGAAAGUGCCAUUAAUUGGAGUGAACUGCUUGAAGCAGCUGACCGUGCAGGCAAUUAUAUUACCAAAGAAGAUGUACAACAGACUGAUCUCUGUGCACUGCCCUUUUCAUCAGGCACCACAGGGAUGUCAAAGGGUGUAAUGUUAACUCAUAGAAAUCUUGUUGCUAAUCUUUGCUCCACACUUUUUAGUGUAGGACCUGAAAUAAUAGGUCAAGUUACCACACUAGGCCUAAUUCCAUUCUUUCACAUAUAUGGGAUCACUGGAAUAUGUUGUGCCACACUUAGAAACAAGGGUAAAGUUGUGAUGAUGAAUAGGUUCGACCUUAGAACAUUUCUGAAUGCACUCAUCACACAAGAAAUCACAUUUGCACCAAUUGUUCCACCCAUUAUUUUAACUUUGGUUAAGGAUCCCAUUGUGGAGGAGUUUGAUCUCACCAAACUCAAACUAAGGGCUGUUAUGACAGCGGCAGCUCCUCUCGCCCCUGAACUCCUUAAUGCCUUUGAGAAGAAGUUCCCUGGCGUCCAAGUCCAGGAGGCUUAUGGACUGACUGAACAUAGUUGCAUCACACUCUCUCAUGGGGACCCUGUUAAAGGUCAUGGCAUUGCAAAGAAAAAUUCAGUAGGAUUCAUUCUCCCAAAUUUAGAAGUAAAGUUCAUUGAUCCUGACACUGGUCGAUCUCUCCCCAAGAACACCCCGGGUGAAAUUUGCGUAAGAAGCCUAUGUGUAAUGCAAGGUUAUUAUAACAAUGAAGAGGAAACUAGUCGGACAAUCGACAAGAAUGGCUGGCUACACACUGGUGACAUUGGCUACAUAGAUGACGAUGGAGAUAUCUUUAUUGUGGAUCGCAUCAAAGAGUUGAUUAAGUACAAAGGCUUUCAAGUAGCACCUGCAGAGCUAGAGGCCAUCCUUCUUACACAUCCUUCUGUGGACGAUGCUGCAGUGGUUCCGCUGCCUGAUGAAGAGGCAGGAGAAAUCCCAGCUGCAUGUGUUGUGAUGAACGCAAAUUCCAAAGAGACUGAAGAAGAUAUCAUGAAUCACGUUGCCUCUACUGUAGCACAUUACAAGAAAGUGAGAGUGUUGCAGUUUGUGGACGCCAUUCCCAAGUCUCCUUCUGGGAAAAUUAUGAGAAGACUUCUUAAAGAAAAAAUGGUGGAGAAAAUGAAGACCAAAGUCAAAAAGAUUACAAAUUAA